AUUUGUCAUUAAUACAGAAGUUUGGAUAUGUUUAAUAAGAUAUCUGGUCCAAAACUGCAGAAUAUUAUAUUUUUGAGAGAACCGAUAAUUGGUACUCACAAGUUCAUCAAGUAUCUCGAAAAAAAAAUCUUCCUGGAACCAUCUACAUUGGGGUUUAAAAUAUAACUGUUGAUUUUUUUUUAAUCUGACUCUUCGUCUACUCGGUUUACAAUAAUUUAAAGAUCGCCAGACGAAAUUUCAGUUUUAGAAUAACAGGUUUAUUUUGAACUCCAAUUUAACUAUCUUCAAGAAUUUAGUUUCAGUUUUUAAUUUUUCCAGAUUAAUAGAAUUUAAUCCAAAAAUCCAUGGAUUCAUCAGUUAUGCUGUAGUUUUAUAAAAUUAAUCAUUUAUUUUGAGUGUAUGUGUAAUAUCAUCGUAAUAGUGUUUUAAAAAUGGAGAAUUCUACAAUUUCAAUUCAAGAUUUUCAUAAAUAUAUCAAUGCAUUUUUAACAAUUUCAAACGAUCUAUUAGAUGAAUGGAAAUUAAACACAAUAGAUCAAAACAUAGAAAACAAUAAAUUUUUAACUAAAAAGCAAGUCGUGCUUCUGCGCAAUCCUGCUGAUCCUGAUUUACAAAUUAUAGCUACUUUUGAAUACCACUUAGUAUAUAAUAUAAGUUAUGCUGUUCCUGUUUUAUGUUUCAACAUUUGGAGGCAGGACGGUUCAAGAAUAACACUGGAAGAAUAUUGGAAUUACAAUAAAAAUCUACAUGACUACAAUAUGCACGAUACUCUCACUCAAAUGGAUCAUCCUGUAUUAAAUAAACCAAUUUUUACGUUGCAUCCGUGUAAGACAUAUGAAAUAUUAAAGGAAUUUUUAAAAACUAGUAAAAAUCCGGUAAUUUCGUGGUUAAGUGUUGUGAGUCAGUUUGUGCAUUUGGAUUUACUGGAAGAGUAUCUUAAAAGUUGUUAGAGAAUGUAAGUUAUUUUUAAAUAAAGGUAUUUCAAUGAGUUAUUUUUUAUUAAUUUAUUCCCCAAGCUAUGUAAUAUAAUUACUACUCGGUAAUUUAUCUUUUAUAGACAUCGUUACACUAACGACUUCACUAUUCAGUAACAAAGACAUUGCCUUGUUUCUAGUUACCCAAAUCUUAAUGAUGA